CUGAGCCAAUCGGCGGCCUCCACGACGGGGAAAGCGGUGAUGAUUUAUAUACAGCGGAGGGCAAGAUUCAUUCAGUAUCACAUCUACUAGACAAGAUCACAGAAUACAAUAUCUAAAGACGAGUUGGUAGUUCCAUUCUGAACACUUGGAGACUCUUAUUCAACUCAUACAAGAUUUUUCUUUAAGAGAUCUGAUACAACAGAUAUUAACGGAAAAAAGAUGAAGCUGCUGUGGGCUUUCCUGCUGGUGGCCAGCGCUGUGUCCGCUGAUGAUGACGACAAGAGGGAGAACGUAGGCACAGUCAUCGGUAUCGACUUGGGUACCACCUACUCCUGCGUCGGUGUCUUCAAGAAUGGCCGCGUGGAGAUCAUCGCCAAUGACCAAGGCAACCGCAUCACUCCAUCCUAUGUGGCCUUCACAAGUGAAGGCGAGCGUCUGAUUGGUGAUGCCGCUAAGAAUCAGCUGACCUCCAACCCCGAGAACACUGUGUUUGAUGCCAAGAGGUUGAUUGGUCGGGCCUGGGCUGAUUCCUCUGUGCAGCAGGACAUCAAGUAUCUGCCCUUCAAGGUCAAUGACAAGAAGAGCAAGCCUCACAUCCAGGUUGACAUAGGUGGUGGCCAGAUGAAGACGUUUGCUCCUGAGGAGAUCUCUGCUAUGGUGCUGACUAAGAUGAAGGAGACGGCCGAGGCUUAUCUGGGCAAGAAGGUCACCCACGCUGUGGUCACUGUCCCUGCCUACUUCAAUGAUGCCCAGCGCCAGGCCACUAAAGAUGCUGGCACCAUCGCUGGUCUCAACGUGAUGAGAAUUAUUAAUGAGCCAACGGCCGCCGCCAUCGCUUACGGCUUGGACAAGAAAGACGGCGAGAAGAACAUCCUGGUGUUCGACUUGGGCGGCGGCACCUUCGACGUCUCUCUUCUGACCAUCGACAACGGCGUCUUCGAAGUGGUCGCCACCAACGGAGACACCCACUUGGGAGGCGAGGACUUUGACCAGCGCGUCAUGGAACACUUCAUUAAGCUCUACAAGAAAAAGACGGGCAAGGACGUGCGCAAGGACAACCGCGCCGUGCAGAAGCUGCGUCGUGAGGUCGAGAAGGCCAAGAGGGCUCUGUCCGCCCAGCACCAGGCCCGUAUUGAGAUCGAGUCCUUCUUCGAGGGAGAGGACUUCUCCGAGACUUUGACCCGUGCCAAGUUUGAGGAACUCAACAUGGAUCUGUUCCGCUCCACCAUGAAGCCCGUCCAGAAAGUGCUGGAAGAUGCUGACCUGAAGAAGUCCGACAUCGAUGAGAUAGUCCUGGUCGGCGGCUCCACUCGUAUUCCCAAAAUCCAGCAGCUUGUGAAGGAGUUCUUCAACGGCAAAGAGCCCUCAAGGGGCAUCAACCCCGACGAGGCUGUUGCUUACGGUGCCGCCGUUCAGGCUGGCGUGCUCUCAGGGGAGGAGGACACUGGUGAUGUGGUUCUCCUGGAUGUGUGCCCUCUUACUCUUGGAAUUGAGACCGUCGGAGGAGUCAUGACCAAGCUGAUCCCCAGGAACACCGUUGUACCCACCAAGAAAUCUCAGAUCUUCUCUACGGCAUCUGACAACCAGCCCACUGUCACCAUCAAGGUCUAUGAAGGCGAGCGUCCUCUGACUAAGGACAACCACCUUCUGGGCACCUUUGACCUGACUGGCAUCCCCCCCGCCCCUCGUGGCGUGCCCCAGAUUGAGGUCACCUUCGAGAUCGACGUAAACGGCAUCCUGAGGGUCACCGCCGAGGACAAAGGCACUGGCAACAAGAACAAGAUCACCAUCACCAACGACCAGAACCGCCUGACGCCAGAGGACAUCGAGCGCAUGGUGAACGACGCUGAGCGCUUUGCUGAUGAGGACAAGAAGCUCAAGGAGAGGAUCGACGCCCGCAACGAGCUGGAGAGCUACUCCUACUCCCUGAAGAACCAGAUCGCUGACAAGGAGAAGCUGGGCGGAAAGCUCUCGGACGAGGACAAGGAGACCAUCGAGAAGGCCGUGGAGGAGAAAAUCGAGUGGAUGGAGUCUCACCAAGAUGCCGACCUGGAAGACUUCCAGGCCAAGAAGAAGGAGCUUGAGGAGGUGGUGCAGCCCAUUAUUAGCAAGCUUUACGGCAGUGCGGGUGGCCCACCACCAGAGGGCGCCGAAGAGAAGGAUGAGUUGUAGAAGUCGUCAACUCUGUCGCCUCUCACCUCUCUUUAAAAACACCGAGAGGUACAUGUCGAACUGAUGGGACUCUAUCAUGAGAGGGGAGGGGCUGUGAAAGGGGCGGCAACGACCACAACAAGCAACUAUUCUGAAAUCUUCCGAAAGACUUUUGACACAUUGGUUAAGUGUUCUCUUCGCCGGUGGGUGGAGAUAUUUUGCUGGCCUGGAUUCAAGGCUCGCUGCUGCUGCUGUUCUCAGGCAGUCCUGCUGGGGAUGAGGAAGAAGUAGUUGUAGUGGGUGGGGUGGGCGUCUGUUAUGGGUAUAGGAUGUCUCCAGUUUCACUGGCUUAAAACUUA